UACUUUUUCCAUCUACUUACGUCGUUCCACCGACUUACGUUCUUCCCCCCAUCGUCGUCGUUCUAUUGAAAAUGCUUCCCCGUACUACAAUACGGCGUUUUCCAGGCGCCUUGCGCGCUGGUCGCGUCACUUCGACCACUCCGACUAUUGUCUACCGGAGCCUCGCUACUCCCGCAACACCACCUUCUCCAAAUGACCCGUUCGCAAACGGCACAAAUGCAUACUACGCAGAGGAGAUGUACAAGCACUGGAAACAAGACCCAAAGUCUGUUCACGUCUCGUGGAAUACCUACUUCUCUGGCAUGGAGCAUGGUCUUCCUAGCGCAAAGGCUUUCCAACCACCUCCGGGGCUAAUUGCACCCCCUGCAGACGGUGCCCCCGCACUAUAUGCCGGUGGUGGAGCUGAGCUUGAUGAUCAUUUAAAGGUGCAACUCCUCGUGCGGGCCUAUCAAGUUCGUGGUCAUCAUGUCGCCGAGCUAGAUCCCCUCGGCAUUCUAGAUGCUGAUCUCGCAGAUGUUAACCCUCCUGAGCUGGAGUUAAGUCGUUACGGGUUCACGGAGCGCGACUUGGACAAGCAGAUUGCUCUUGGUCCCGGUAUCCUCCCCCAUUUCGCGACAGAGGAUCGCAAAUCUAUGAGUUUGAGAGAGAUUAUCGCACUUCUCAAACGGAUAUACUGUGGUGCUGUGGGCAUUCAGUACGUUCACAUCCCGGACAAGGAGCAAUGUGACUGGAUCAGAGAGCGUGUCGAGAUUCCAAAGCCUUGGAACUAUACACUGGAGGAGAAACGCAUGAUUCUUGACCGUCUCAUCUGGUCAGAGUCGUUCGAGAAAUUCAUCGCUAGCAAAUACCCGAAUGAGAAGCGUUUCGGUCUCGAAGGCUGCGAGGCGUUGAUUCCUGGCAUGAAGGCGCUCAUCGACCGAUCUGUGGAUCAUGGUGUCAAGCACGUCACAAUUGGCAUGCCUCAUCGUGGUCGCCUUAAUGUUCUUGGCAACGUCAUUCGCAAACCCAUUGAAGCCAUUUUGAACGAGUUUUCGGGUACGGAUAACGCAGCGGGCGACGUCAAAUAUCAUUUGGGUGCCAAUUAUGUUCGCCCAACGCCGUCUGGGAAGAAGGUCUCAUUGUCACUUGUUGCCAACCCAUCACAUCUGGAGGCUGAGGAUCCUGUUGUCCUGGGCAAGACCUAUGCCAUACAGAACAUGGAGGGCGAUGAGGGCACUCACAACACUGCCAUGGGGGUGCUGCUUCACGGUGAUGCCGCAUUCGCUGGGCAGGGAAUCGUUUACGAAACCAUGGGCUUCCACAACCUACCUAACUAUGGUACUGGCGGCACCAUUCAUCUUAUUGUGAACAACCAGAUCGGUUUCACUACCGACCCUCGUUUCUCUCGUUCCACUUCUUACCCAUCCGACAUUGCAAAGUCCAUAGACGCGCCAAUCUUCCAUGUAAAUGGCGACAACGUUGAAGCCGUCAACUUUGUUUGCCAGCUAGCAGCUGAUUAUCGUGCAAAGUACAAACGUGACGUUGUCGUCGACAUCGUUUGCUACCGUCGUUAUGGUCAUAAUGAGACGGAUCAGCCUCAUUUCACUCAACCGCGGAUGUAUCAGGCGAUUGAAAGGCAACCCACACCACUUACCCAGUACACGAAGUUCUUGGUUGGCCGUGGGACCUUUACUGAGAAGGAUAUUGAGGAGCAUAAGAAGUGGGUUUGGGGGAUGCUGGAGAAGGCAGCCGCGGCGGCAAAGGAUUAUAUUCCGACUAGCAAGGAAUGGUUAUCCGCAUCUUGGCAGGGUUUCCCUUCCCCUCAACAAUUGGCAGAAGAGACGCUGCCGACCCGUGCUACAGGUUCCGAUGAAGAAACUCUUCAGCGCAUUGGAAAAGCCAUUUCAUCAUAUCCUCCUGGUUUCACCCCGCACCGCAACCUUGCUCGUAUCCUCGGCACCCGUGGCAAGACAGUUGAAGAAGGUCGCAACAUUGAUUGGUCAACAGCCGAGGCUCUUGCAUUUGGCUCUCUCGCACUCGAAAAGAUACCCGUGCGCGUCUCUGGUCAGGACGUGGAGAGAGGUACAUUCUCUCAGCGGCACGCUGUUAUCCAUGAUCAGAAGAAUGAACAGCAGUAUAUUCCUCUGAACGAUCUCGGUUCCAAUCAAGCUCGAUUUGUCGUAUGCAACUCGUCGUUAUCCGAGUAUGGGACUCUCGGUUUUGAAUUGGGCUACUCACUAGUUUCACCGAGCUCUCUCACUAUUUGGGAGGCGCAGUUUGGCGACUUCGCCAAUAAUGCCCAGUGCAUCAUCGAUCAAUUCAUCGCCUCUGGCGAACGGAAAUGGUUGCAGCGCACCGGCCUUGUCAUGAGCUUGCCGCACGGGUAUGAUGGUCAAGGUCCUGAGCAUUCGAGCGGAAGGAUCGAACGCUUCCUCCAACUUUGCGACGAUCAUCCCCACAUCUUCCCUACACCGGAGAAAGUCGAGAGACAGCAUCAAGAUUGCAACAUGCAAGUUGUGUAUCCAACUACACCCGCUAAUUAUUUCCAUGUUCUCCGUCGCCAAAUUCACCGCGACUUCCGCAAGCCACUCAUUCUUUUCUUUUCGAAAUCACUCCUGCGCCAUCCCAAUGCUCGCUCGGAGCUUUCGGAAAUGGUCGGUGAUACUCACUUCCAACGCUAUAUUCCCGAUUCCCAUCCUGAAGACCUAGUGCCUCCCGAGGAAGUGAGGCGUCAUAUCCUCUGCACCGGUCAAGUAUACCAGACUCUCAUUCAGGAGCGUGAAGCUAAGGGCAUCAAAGAUGUGGUCAUCAGCCGCAUUGAGCAGAUCUCACCUUUCCCUUACGACCUCAUCACUCCUCAUCUCGACAAGUAUCCCAAUGCAGAUAUACUUUGGUGCCAGGAGGAGCCAUUGAACAAUGGCGCAUGGACCUAUGUUGGUCCGCGUAUUCUGACUGCUGCCAACGAGACGCAGUACCACAAAGGCAAAUAUCCAUACUAUGCCGGAAGACAGCCAACGGGCUCCGUUGCUACAGGUAGCAAAGUCCAACACAAGAAGGAGAUCGAGCAGUUCCUAGCUGCUGCCUUUGCUUGAUGUUCAGUGACAUAUCGUAGUUGCGCUUGCGCAGCAGUCUCAGACACUGACACGCUGCGUAAAUCAGAUAAAUUUUAAGGUACAUGGUCGACUAGCACACAUAUAUAUAUAGAUUCUCAGACUCCAAACCAGCCGUAGUGUGUUAGAGCCUAUAUCCAAUUCGGAGUGCCGCCACACAAAACUUAACAAUACUUGGCGGCACUUGCAAAGGUCAACGUGACUGUUUGUCCUGGCCAGUCAACAGUGUUCACCUGGACACAAGCCCAUACUAUCAUUCGAUGGGAAAUGCACAAUUUUCACUUAUUGCUGAAUAGCAACACAACAACA